CGAAUAUCAGUGGAUUUAGAUUUUGAAUCCUAUUUAAGGCACGUGUUCUAUGAUAACUAUUGUUCAUACGUUUGUCUCUCUUAUUUUAAUAACAAUUGCAGGUUCUUGAUUGUAUUUUGGUCCCUUUUCUUUGUGAAUUAAGAGUCUAAUCACUGAUUUGAUAUCAAUUCAUCCUCACAACCGGGAAAAAUUGUCUAUUUUGCCUUUAGAAUGACUGAUUAAGAUCCAAGUAGAAUCUAUUUUGUUUGGUUUUACAGCAUUCAAGGUCUUCUCUAAUGUGUAGCAUUGCACUAAACCCAUAUAACACUGGCCUUGACAUUGAGGCCUUUUCUUGCAGAAAUCAUCUGCAGAAUGUGUCCUAGCCAGCCAAGGCUGAAGAUUUACUCUGGUUUGUGUUGAUGGCUUUCAGAUCUGCAGUGCUGGUACCGUGCUGUACGACUGCUAAAUGCAUUCCUGUUGUUGAGUUCAUGCUAAUAUUCAUGUCCUUGCCACACAGAUCAGAUAGAGAAUGACCCAUGAUGAAAGAAAAACAUGUUCGUUGUUUCUGUACAACUUUUACCGUUGCUUGGUAUUGUAGAGAAAAGCGGCAGUUGUGGUUUUAUAUGUAUUUCUGGAUAUAAGGUUUACAUGAGGUUAGUGCUGAAUUAGUUUUAUUCAAAUCAUAUGUUCCUGACAUACUCUCUGUAAUUUCUGGCUCAGUUUGUAGAUUUUCAUGGAAAAGUUUUAUUGGUUUAUGAAAAUGUUCAGUGCAGUCUAAUGAAAUAUUGCAGUAUUCCCAAAUACAGCAGGGAUUUGAGCACGGACAGCAUGCGUAUGUGCUGAAUUUGGCAGCUGUGCAAGUAUUAAUGAAAAAGUAUUGAUCAGGGACGGAAUUAUACUUUGUUUCAGCUCAUUGAUUGGCGUGGUUGCUGGGUGCUCUUAGGUCACGGGACAUAAUAAUGCCACCUCCAAGUGACAGCCCGCCCCAUAAUCCUUUGUGUUUGCACUGCAUCUCUGAAGCCCUGAGCGUUCCUCAUCCCUCAGCGGAUUCACUCAAUCUUAUUUCAGAAGGGCUUGAUACAAUCUGAUGGAACAUGCUGAUGUAAAUACCAAGGCUCACUGGUGUGCUCCAGCUGAGGCUUAUCCCUGGGUAAUAAAAAAAUGGAACAAAUCAGCCCAUAAUCCCUCCUCAGCUAUUGUUCUUGGAGCAGACUGACCACUCGCCAAAAAAAGAAACAUUCUUCUGUUGAAUUCUGCCUUGUCAGAAUUUCAGAUUGCUUUUGACUUGCUGUGAAAUACAAUGCUGCAAAAUUUCCUUUCCAAGUGUUUGUUUACAGCCUGUGUUUCUGUACUCUUACCCCUUUCUUUUCUUUCUGUCCCUAACCAGGUUUCCCUGAUUUUCCAGGGAGUCCUAAGCAAUGGAAGUGCUGCAGUGCGAUGGCUGUGAUUUCCGUGCAGAGUCGAAUGAUGAGCUCAAGGCGCACAUACAAGACGUCCACACGGCCUUCCUGCAGCCCACAGAAGUAGGAGAAGGUGACGAUUCACCCAGACGGUCCAGGUCAAACUCGUUAAACUCCCUCAGCCAAACAGAGGACGAGGAAGACUUGAGCAAUCACAAUUACGACUCGUUGAAAAAGGAAGCAGGUGUUAAACUCUUUAACAAAAACCUUGGGCACAUCUCCGGUUCAAAGAAAGUGAAACGCAUCCAGUCAGCAAAACCUUCAAACAAAACGUCAACUCCAUUUUUCCAGUGCAAGUUCUGUGUGCGGUACUUCAGAUCCAGCUCUCUUCUCAGUGAACACACCAGGAAGGUCCAUGGAGAAGCAAGCGAUGAGAGAUCCCUCAAAACUUAUGAUGGUGUAGGAACGGUCUUUUCCUGCCAGUAUUGCACUUAUAAAUCCCCACACAGAGCACGGAUUCUGAAACACCAAAAAAUGCAUCACAAAGAAGGUCUACCAGGCCACUCGGCUCCUCCUGUUGGAGCAGAGGUUUUGGAUUUGCACUCUGAUGCCUCCUCCGUUGAAGAACAAUGUGAAGAGUCGCCAGAGGAUGUAGAACGUAAUGUGCUGGAAUCUAUGAUCAAACCCCAGUCAAGAGGAGGCUUUGACUGUGAGUGGUGUGGAUUUCAGACAUCGCAACGGCAGCAGUUAGCCGAUCACAUGAUGAAGAAACACCGUAACAUGGUGAAGAUCAUGGUAUCCUUGCAACAGCCCAAAAUUCAGGACGGAAGUGCGGGAUCCAGCAAGUCUGAUUCUGCUUCAUCCAGGAGAAGCACUCCAACCUCCAAUUUGAACCUGAACGAUCUAGCGUGCAAUGAAGGUUCCUCCGCAAAUGCCUCGUCAAUCAAAGGAUCCUCUGGCAAUGCAUCACUCAAGGCCACUUCAGGGAUAUCAAGUUUUCAGUACUCACAGCUCACAGCAAAAAUACCCAACAGCACAGGAUCUUCCAUACUGUCAGAGAGAUCGACUUUCACCAUGUCAGAUAUGUCAAGGUCUGGCAUGGAUCUAGAUGCCAGCAUGCUGAAUGAUUCCAGAAGCAGUUCAGAUGAUGAACUCUGUGACUUGGAUGAUCCCAGCUACACGGAGUCAGCUGAGGAUUCUACUAAGCUGCUUCUGUCAGAAGAGGAUAAUGACCUGCUGGAAACUAAAGGAGUUCCAUUCAAAAGACACAUGAACAGGUUCCAGUGCCCUUUCUGCUCCUUCUUGACCAUGCACCGACGUAGUAUUUCUCGUCACAUAGAGAACAUACACUUAUCUGGCAAAGCUACGGUGUAUAAAUGUGACAAGUGCCCCUUUCUUUGCACCAACCCUCUAAAACUUGACACGCACAAACAAUGUCACGGUGGGUCUUCUGAAUGGAACACUAUGGACUUAACCAGCGAAAGUGUAGAUGGUCCGGCUGAACGCUCCGUGCCAGUAAACGGAGGAAAUGGCAGCUCUAAAAUCAACGGGAAAAAAUCCAGCACAGUCGAGGAACAGCAGGGUCCUCAUCGGUGCUCACUGUGUAACUUUUCCACCAUCACACUGAAAGGUCUACGUGUCCACCAGCAACACAAACACUCAUACUGUGAUGGAACACAAGUCACAGGUCAAGAGGGCUCGUCCAAUGAGCAGCAAGAUUCUGAAUCCGAAUCCUACAGCUCCUCGAGCUUUGUUCAGAAAACUCAGACCUCAAUCCUUGGAUUUUCAACCAAGAAGCAUCUUAUUGGGAAGACAGCAAGAAAGUCCAUCAACGAUUUACCCUUGGAUCUCUCUCCUGUCAAAAAACGGACAAGGAUUGAUGAAAUCGCAAACAAUCUCCAGAGCAAGAUUAGUCAAAGCCAACAGCACGAAGAUGUGAUUAACCUUGAGGAGAUGGACGACGAUGUGGAGGAGAAUGGGAAUCACAUCGAUUUAGAAACAAGCAAAGAGAGAGAAUCCUCUGAUGCUCGAAGUCAGCACUACACCUUCAACACUCAGCACCUUCAUGUUAGAAAUUCUGGAAGUGUUCAGACGGAGCGUGGUGUUGGGAAAAGAAAACGCAAUCUGCAGUCCAAACUUGGAUCAAGAAACAUUCCUGUUCAAGUAACCAUUUCUGAUGAUGAAGACAAUUACAGUGCCUCCUUGGAAUCUAAAGAUGCCCAAGAUCAAAGCAGUCAAGAUAGCAGAGAGACAUAUCAAGACAACCCUGAGUACAAUACUGAAGAACCUGGGAACCUGUUCUACUGCAAACAUUGUGAGUACCAGAACAAGUCUGCUCGCAGUGUUAGCACACACUACCAGAGGAUGCACCCUUAUAUCAAGUUUAGCUUCAGAUACAUCCUGGACCCAGAGGAUCAGAGCGCAGUCUUCCGUUGUCUCGAGUGCUUCAUUGAAUAUAACAACUUUAAUGAUCUGCACCAGCACUAUAUGACACACCAUCCAGAAGCAAGCAACGUUUUGAACUUUAACCAGCCAGAUCUGGUGUACAUGUGCCGUUUCUGUUCCUACACAAGUCCAAAUGUGCGGAGCCUGAUGCCCCAUUAUCAAAGAAUGCACCCUUCAGUGAAGAUCAACAAUGCCAUGAUUUUCUCCAGCUACAUGGUCGAUCAGCCUCAUAAGGGUGCUGCUGAAUCCCAAACACUGAGGGAAAUCUUGAAUUCUGGGCCCAAGAGUUUCAGAUCCUCCUCAUCUGGGUCCAGAUCAUCAUCCAGUCCAGCUAUCAAAAGCGUCUGCAAAACGCCAGAAGCAAACACUGAGGCUGAAGCUUUUCGAGAAAGUCUGGGUGGUAAUGUGGUGGUUUACGACUGUGAUGUCUGUUCUUUCUCAAGUCCCAACAUGCACUCAGUAUUGGUCCACUAUCAGAAAAAACACCCUGAGCAAAAGGCCUCCUACUUCCGCAUACAGAAGACCAUGCGGGUCAUAUCUGUUGACCAAGCACAGUUGUCAAACAAUUCAACCUACAGCCUGACGAGCACCCCCAAGUCUUCAAAUGUCAUCUUGCCUGUGGCUCUGGAUGAAGAUGUUUACUACUGCAAACACUGCGUCUACAACAACCGCUCCGUAGUGGGCGUUCUGGUCCACUAUCAAAAGCGACAUCCCGAGAUUAAGGUGACGGCAAAGUACAUAAAGCAGGCACCCCCAACUCCGGGACUGCUGAAACUCAUGGAUGAGUUACAGAUCGCACCUCCUAAACAGUUUCUGAAGCAAUUCAACAACAACGGGACUGAAGGGUCAGGUAAUUCCAACACUAAAGGAGCAUCUGACAAAGGGGAACCUGAAAUGCUGUUCUUCUGCCAACACUGCGACUAUGGGAACCGCACUGUGAAGGGGGUCUUGAUUCACUACCAGAAGAAGCACAGGGACGUGAAAGCCAAUGCCGACCUCGUCCGUAGACACACGGCUGUGGUCCGGAGUCAGAGAGAACGAGCGCAGAUGAUCCAAGCGGGAAGUUCCACGUCCACUGCAACUGUAGCUACUGAAGCAGAGAAAUCCAGGUCGUUGCGAUCUUUGAAGUGUAGACACUGUGCAUACACAUCUCCUUAUGUGUAUGCCUUGAAGAAGCAUUUGAAGAAGGAUCAUCCUACUGUGAAGGCCACGCAGGAAGCAGCGGAGAUGCCUGUUGCCGUUCCCGUGGACGGAAUCACCAACGGCGAUGUGGAGGAUGUGGUUGCCAUGGACGCUGACCCAUUGGAGACUGGUGCAUCACCGGCUGACGUCACCAUGGAGACGGAGGAGCCGGUGGCCGUGGAAACGGAGCCGAUGGUUGGCGCGCUGGAGCCGGAGAAGGAGCGUGUGGUACCCGGGCAUCCGUGCAGCAUGUGCAAUCGUAUGUUCAUGUCCAUGCAGGGCCUGCGCUCUCACGAGAGGAGCCACACGGCCGUAGCGCUCGUCAACAGAAACGACAAAUACAGCUGCCAGUACUGUCAGUUCGCCUCGCCGUUCAGACACAAUUUUUAUGAGAAUAGAGGACGGGAAGUGAUAGAGAUUGGGAAAUCAAACCUGUAUGGCCCACAUGAGCUUCAGAGCUACUUCACUGUGAUCUAUUCCAAGGAGGCCGAGAAACCUCCAUCUACGGAGGAGGUGGAAAUCGUUGAAGUUAAGGAUGAGGUGGAACCUGAAGGUGACGUGGACUGGCUCCCCUUUAAAUGCCUGAAAUGCUUCAAGCUUUCGUUCAGCGCGGCCGAGCUGCUCGUGGUGCAUUACAAUGACUGCCACGACAAGGAGCUCAAGCGGGAUUUCGUCACCAUUCCGAGCCCCGCAGAAGAUGGGAUGGAGCUCUACCAGUGCACCCACUGUGAAAUCAAAUUCUUGACUCUUCCAGAACUCUGCGUCCAUCUGAUAAACCACAAUGAGGAUUUCCAGAAAAGAGCCAUGAGGCUUGAACGAAGAAAACAGCUUCAAAGCAAGCAGAGGACGACAGAGCCGCCAGAAGCCAAACCGGAAAAUAAGGUGGAUGGCACCCCCGAUAAGACUCCCAUCGGCUACAGGUGCAACUUCUGCGUGGAGGUCCACUCCACCCUCCGGGCCAUCUGCAACCACCUGAGAAAGCAUGUGCAGUACGGGGAGGCCAAGGAGGGACACGUGAAGCAGGAAGCAGCGGAGAUGCCUGUUGCCGUUCCCGUGGACGGAAUCACCAACGGCGAUGUGGAGGAUGUGGUUGCCAUGGACGCUGACCCAUUGGAGACUGGUGCAUCACCGGCUGACGUCACCAUGGAGACGGAGGAGCCGGUGGCCGUGGAAACGGAGCCGAUGGUUGGCGCGCUGGAGCCGGAGAAGGAGCGUGUGGUACCCGGGCAUCCGUGCAGCAUGUGCAAUCGUAUGUUCAUGUCCAUGCAGGGCCUGCGCUCUCACGAGAGGAGCCACACGGCCGUAGCGCUCGUCAACAGAAACGACAAAUACAGCUGCCAGUACUGUCAGUUCGCCUCGCCGUUCAGACACAAUCUGGACCGUCACGUCCAGUCACACCACGGACAUCAGAAGCCCUUCCGCUGUAAGUUCUGUCCCUUUAAAUCCUCCUACCUGAGCCGCCUCAAGAGCCACCUGCACAAAGCACACGCAGGUGAGACGCUACAUACACGCACACACAUAACGCUGAUGUCUCUCGCUGCUGUCGUCUCAGCGUCUGCGGGGUAUCUGGAGCCAGCAGAUGUUCAGCAGCAGUUGAGUCACUUCCAGCUGGCGUCUCGGGUCCAGGCCGAUGUUUCCUCCAGUCCGCCGCCGCCGCUCGAGAGUCCCGUUCCUCAGGCCCGGCCCGACUCCAUCCUCACCUGUGAGUUCUGCGAGUUCAGCUCCGGCUACAUGCAGAGUCUGCGCAGACAUUACCGCGACCGGCACGGAGGAAAGAAGCUCUUCAAAUGCAAGGACUGCUCCUUCUUCACCUGCUACAAGUCCACGUUCACGCUGCAUGUGGAGGCCGGUCACACCAGCGGCCCCGAGGAGACGCCCAAAGAUCUGCGCUGCCCCUUCUGUCUGUACCACACCAAACACAAGAGCAGCAUGAUCGACCACAUCGUCCUGCACAGAGAGGAGCGCGUGGUCCCGCUGGAGGUGUCUCGCUCGAAGCUGUCUCGUCAUCUGGAGGGCCUGGUGUUCCGCUGUCACAAAUGCACCUUCACCUGCUCCAGCGAGCCGAACCUGCAGCAGCACAUCCAGAAGCACGAGGAGCUGAAGCCCUACCAGUGUCAGCUCUGCUACUACGACAGCAAACUCCUGCACGAGCUGGAGACCCACCUGCGCCAGGAGCACAAGGUGAUCCGUAACUUUGAGCUGGUGGGGCGGGUGAACCUGGACCAGCUGGAGAUGAAGGACAAGACGAAGGACGUGAGCAGCAGCGAGGAGGAGGAGGAGGAGGAGGAGGAGAAAGGAGAAGAUGAGACCGUAGAGGAGGCAGACGAAGAGGAGGAGGAAGAGCUGAUGGAGGAUGAAGAGGAGGAGAAGCUUCCGGAGAGCAGACAGGAGACGACGAGCAGCCAGACCGAGGUGACAGGUAACGGUCUUCAUGUUCCAGAGAAACUCCAAAUACGCUUCGCAGAAGAAAUCCAGGAAAUCCCUAUCGCUUAUUCCGAUCAAUGUUACGUGUUUUGUGUUUUCAGGACUGUUAACGGCAGCAAGAACGACGGCAGUCCUGUGCCCUCGUCAGCGCUGCCUCUGAUUGGUCCAGCAGCUGUGAGUGACAGAGGGCUGGACCUAUCCAGUAACACUGUGGAUCAGUCUGACCAAUCCAAGUGUCCGAUUCAGACCGAGGAAGACAAAGAGACGCAGGAGACCAAAAACGAUCCUUAGGAGCAAAACGAAAGCUGUAGAGAAUGUCAUGCGUGCCGUUGUUUCGUCUGUCUGUUCACCGUUUGUUUUGUUGCAGAACAACAUCGGCUGCUUCUUGAGUAUUUGGUUUAAAAAGCUAGAUUUGUGGAAUGUGACGA